UCCAUGACUCACAACCCAAAAGCAAAAAAGAAAAAACAAAACUUUACCUAAUUACAAUCUUUUUUGACUUUCAAAGACUCUCUCUCUCUAUAGGAUACAGCCAAACUCACUCUGAAGUCUGAACUCUCCCCAAAACCUCCCCUUAUCCUCUUCUUCUUAUUAACCUCUGUUUUUUUCUUUUUGAAGCUGUUCACGUGAAAAGAGAUUCUCAGCGUAUUAUUCCAAACUAUCACAUCUCUCCACCUCGUGAUUCCAUUAUGUCUUUCACACACAGUCCGUCUUCUUUCUGAGAAUCUGAGAUCAUCCUCUCUUCUCCAAGACUCACCAAACCAUGGGCUUGCCUAUAUGGAGAGCUCUUGUGUUCCUCUCCCUCUUCGCCAACCAACUUAACAGCCAAGAUCCCAACACAGACGCAUCUCACCUCUCUAACUUCUUCAACCAAAUGAGCACUUCCUCACCCAAACCCCACACAUUUUCUUCCUUAUGCUCAUCCCCUGGAGUGGUCUGCGACAGACAAAAACAGAACAUCCUCCACCUCUCUGCUCCCGGGUCGAACCUCUCCGGUCCCAUCCCGGACAACACCAUCGGAAAAUUGAUAAAGCUCCAAUCUUUGGAUCUCAGCGGCAACAAAAUCACCUCUCUGCCCUCAGACCUGUGGAGCCUCGACUCGCUCCAGCAUCUCAACCUCUCCUCCAACCUCAUCUCCCAUCCUCUCCCCAGCAACGUAGGCAACUUCGUCUCGCUCCGGACUCUCGAUCUCUCUUUCAACGCCUUCUCCGGCGAAAUCCCCGCUUCCAUAAGCUCCGUCGUCGCUCUCACAACUCUCAACCUCAACAACAACGCCUUUCGGUCUGUCCUCCCUCCAGGGCUUCUCAAUUGCAGAGCUUUAGUCUCUAUCGACCUCUCGUCGAAUCGCCUCACCGGGUCUCUCCCCGUUGGGUUUGGUUCUGCUUUCCCGGAGCUGAAAAGGUUGAACCUUUCGCGUAAUCUGUUUCAGGGGUCGGUGGAUGGAGUCUUGCGUGGAAACGUGGAGACGGUUGAUCUCAGUGAUAACCGUUUUGAUGGUCAUGUCUUGCAUUUAAUAACCGGACAUAAACACAACUUGUCUAGUUUAACUCAUCUUGACUUGUCUGAGAAUGGUUUUGUGGGGCAUAUACUUAACGGUUUGAGUUCAGCUCAGAAGCUGGGACACCUUAACCUCGCGUCAAACCGGUUCAGAGUACAAGAGUUCCCUCAAAUCACAAAGCUUUCAGCUUUGUAUUAUCUGAACCUAUCAAGAACCAAUCUGGUAGGUUUCAUUCCGAGUGAGAUCUCUCGGUUGAGUCUUCUCAAGGUUCUUGAUCUCUCCUCUAAUAACCUCACUGGGAAUGUACCUUUGUUACUACCUCUCGAGAACAUUGAAGUACUUGAUCUCUCGCUAAACAAGCUAGACGGUGACAUUCCAAGGACGGUUCUUGAGAAACUCUCUUUGACUCGGAGGUUUAACUUCUCUUUCAACAAUCUCACCUUCUGUGACCCCAACUUCACGCAAGAAAUGAUCCAGACGUCCUUCGUUGGUCUCACGAACAACUGCCCCUUCGCUGCAAAGCCAGUUGUUCAAAAGGGAGAGAGCGUGAGCAAGAAGAAGACGGGGCUUAAGAUUGGUUUGACUUUGGCAAUCUCCAUGGCGUUCUUGCUUGUUGCUCUGUUGGUCGUGCUUGUGGCGUUGAGAGGUAGAAGAAAAUCAAGAACAUGGGCGACAAAGCAAGCAGCGGAACCCAACUUGUUACUAGACCAAGGGGAAUCAACUGAUGUCCCUGUUGUGAUGAUUGACAAGCCGUUGAUGAAGAUGACGCUUGCUGACCUUAAGGCUGCGACUCUUAACUUUGACAGUGGUGCAUUGUUGUGGGAGAGCAAGUCUGGUCCUACUUAUGAGGCAGUUCUACCCGGUGGAUUCAGAGCAGCUUUGAAAGUUGUCUCAAGUGGAACGACGUUGAGUGAUCAUGAAGCCUCGUUGACGUUCGAACGCCUUGCAAGGAUCAAUCACCCGAAUCUCGUCCCGCUCUCUGGAUACUGCAUAGCUGCAGAGCAAAGAAUAGUGAUCUACGAGCACCUAGACUAUGUUAACUUGCAUACUUUGUUUCACACCACAGAUGAAUCUGUUUCAUGGAUACUAAGGCAUAAGAUAGCAUUGGGGACGGCGAGGGCGUUGGCUUUCCUCCAUCAUGGCUGCAUUCCUCCGGUGGUGCACGGGGAAGUGAAGGCUGGAACAAUCUUCUUAGACACUAGCCAGGAACCUCAGCUAGCAGAAUUUGGUCUGGCAAAGCUCUUGAACGAGGGACUCCUCUGUGAUUUAGACGGCUACACACCAACAGAGCUGGAGGAACAUGGCUCUCCUACAUUAGAAUCAGAUGUGUACAGCUUUGGAGUUGUUCUGCUUGAGCUCGUGAGCGGGAAGAAGGCGGAAUGGGACUUGGUGAGUUGGGUGAGAGGGUUGGUGAGAGAGGGACAAGGAUCUAGAGCCAUAGAUCCAACCCUGCAAGGGACAGGUCCGGUGGAGCAGAUUGCAGAAGCUGUGAAGAUAGGCUACUUGUGCACGGCUGAUCUGUCCUGGAAGCGACCCACAAUGCAGCAGGUGGUUGGACUGCUCAAAGACAUUUCACCCUCAUAGCGGCGGCACAAAGGUUGAUUUUUUAUUGUAGAAAUGUAAGAUUGUGUGAUACUCUCUAAUAACAUACUAACAUGGUCAUACAUAUUGUUCUAUUUUGAUGAUUAAUAUAUUUUAGAAGAAGAAAUUGUGUGAACAUGAAAUAGCCGGUUAUGUCUAAGUGCAUUAUAUACAUGUAAGCAGCUAGAGAUACAACAGCUUUGUUUUA